UGAUUGCGAGUCUUUUGCUCAAAUACAAGGACAGUACUAAGUUUAAGGCCCAGUUCCAUAUUUAGAGCACGGUGGCCUUGAUGGUCACCUGGCUGCUCAUUUUCAUAUGGCCAGUAGCUGCCAGCAAUUCCAUGAACAAUCAGGCCAGCCUUGUGGUGGGCUUUGGCGGUCUUGAGCUUCCGAAGCGGUUCCAGUACCGCCUGCUGAGAAAGGAGGCCAGUUUCUCUGCACUGGACACAGAUAGCGAGCCACCGGCUCUGGGGCGCGCACCGGUGCCGGCAAAGGCUGCCGCAUCUGCGCGGCAGGUAGCGGCCCUCGGGGCAGCGCCGCCCAGAUCAGAGCGCCAGGGCGGAAAGACGAAGUCAGCCCCGGCCAACUCGCCGGCGCUGGGCAGGUAUGAGGCAGAGUCCACCACAGAGACCACCACAGACGAGGAUGUCACCACCACAGAGGAUGAGGAAACCACAUCCGAGGAGGAGACCACAACCGCUGAGCCGGAGGAGGAUAGUACUAGUGGAGCAUCUACCACUGAGGCUGAUGAGUCCACCACAGAGUCCGAAGAUGAAAGCUCAACCUCGGCAGAGAGUGGAUCUAGCACAGAGUCUCAGACGGACUCCAACGAGGAAUCUGAGUCCCAAAGCACCACCACAGAAGCAUCUGAUGAAGCCACCACACAGGAAUCUGAGGGUGAAAGCACCACAGAAGGAUCUAGUGAAGGCGCGGAAGAGUCUGAGGGAGAAAGCACUAGCGGAGAGUCCGAGGCAGAAAGCACCACGGAGGCAGAGAGUGAAGAGGAUGAGUCUACAACUGGGUCAGAAGAUACCUCAACAACUUCAGUGUCCACGACGCCUGCCAAGACCACAACCCGGAAGAAAACGACGACCACCGCAGCAAAGAAAACUACAAGAAGAACUUCGACCACCAAAGCUUCUAAGAAGGAACGGUCUACAACCACCAAAGCCCCCAGCACCACCAAGAAGCAGCACAAAACCACAACGAAGCCGGCAGCAAAGAAGCCGAAGCCGGCGGCAAAGAAGCCGAAGCCGGGCAAAGACUCUCAACAUUCGACCACACAGGCAGUCAAAAAGCCCGUGCCCUCCACGUCAACUUCUGCAGCGACGACUGCAUCAACCACUUCUGCAUCCACCAAGGCCGCAUCCACCUCUGCGUCGACCACAGCAGCCUCCACAACAUCCAGUUCAACCACCCAGGCCAGCAGCACAACAGCAUCUUCUACCGCGUCUUCCGCUAAAGUGCCUUUCACCACUUCGACUAGUGGCACAACAUCCACAACUCUGCCGACAACCACAGAAAGCACCUCCAAGACCACCCUAACCUCCACCACCACAACCACCACCACUACAACUACAACCACGACUGUUACCACGACCACAGUAACUGCAACAUCCACCACCACAACAACCAGCACCACAACAACCACCACAACACACACGCCCCCACCGACUACAACUACAGAUCGGGUGGUUCCACCCUGUCAAGGACCAGCCUUGGUGUGCGAUCCCACACUCGCCGACCCGUGCAAGUAUCAAUCGCCUUGCACCGGCUAUCAGAUGUGCCAGGAGGGUGUCUUCAAGCCCUGCAUGGACUUUACGGAGGGGGACCAGACCAGCUGUGAGCUCUCCCAGGACGUCUGUGAUGGCGCGCAGUUGCACCCGCUUCUGCUUGCACGCUUGUCCGCCGGACUUCCCCAGCCUUGAACUUUGCGUGGGCUGAGCGGAAGCGCUGAAUUGGCUGAGACCGACUCUUGAAUGGAGGAUCUCAAAUCUGUGACCUCCAUGAGCAUAUAGCAAGGGAGUCACCACAGCCCGCGGCCAUUAGUGGCUGCUGCAAGAGGUGCAAGCUUACGGGCGAUCUAGCUUAUGAUAGCUUAGGCCGAAAGAGGCAGCGUUUGACGCGCAAUGCUUCUGCUUGUAGAAAUCGUAGAGGGAGGUAUCCAAAGAACCGCAAUGGAAACAUUGCCGGGAGCAAGCUGCGUG